UUGCCCUGCCCCGAGAAGGGAUGGACUUCCGGGCCGGAUGGUACUUUGCUGGACAGUGCGCAAUGGACAUUCACGAUGUGAAGGGCCGAGAGUCUUCCAGUCUAGAGUACACGGCCUCAUCUUUUCAACGAUGAAAUGAUCGUCUGAGGCUUGAGGCUCCCUUCGUUCGGAGGUGACAGAAAUUGAUUUCCCACAGGGUAUCAAAGACUGGCUGGUGCGGGCUCUGCGAAGAUGCUGGACUCGAUUGAGACUUAGUUGAGGUAAUGUUCAAAGUCUUGCAGGAUAGUUGAGGGGCAUUCAGGAGUGGAGGUCCAAAAACUGGAUGGGGUGUGAUUAGGGUUUUGAGGCAGACAUCGGGACCCCGCUUGCAUAUCCUCGAGGUAGGAGUUUGUGCAGAGAAAAGGCUUGAUUGAUGAAUGGUGGAGUGUCGAGAAGAGAGAGGGGCAAGCCAGUGAUCUGAGGAGGGCGAAAUGACGAGUCAAUCGAGGGAAAACGACGAGAAAUUGGCAUGGUUCCAAGACGUCACAGGGCUGUCGGACUCUUCACUGUCGACGCAGAUUUUGGAGGCACACGGAUGGAAUUUGGACGCUGCGGUGAAUUCGUUGGUGGAAGGCGGGAACAACACGAAUACUGUCGCCAUGGGAAGUACUAGUGGUGGCGCAUUGAGUACGGAAGAAGCUCCGGAUUUGAGUAGGUGGGAUUCAACCGCAGAGCGGAUGAACUCAGGGCUGCCAUCCACUCGAGACGCUGAAUUAUAUGGAGGCAGUCAUGGACGGGGACAUCCCGGAGGAGGUCAUUACGAGCGCUUUGCUAGUGGUCCAGGGCGGGAUAGCAUAAACUAUGAUCGUUUCCGGGACUACGAUGAUUCAUAUCGGGGUGGGCGCCUUAUACAGCAAAAUCCUCAGGGACCAGGGAUAGCAUGGAGGCUAGUAACCUUGUCAUUUUCAAUGAUUCGAGGAAGUUACAAUCUCAUGUAUGGGGCUGUAGAGUUGGGAAUGUGGGUGACUGGAGGGAUGAUAUCAUACUCGUUAGGAGCACUUGGCUUAGGCGGAGGAGGAGGAGUAGCGGUGGAUAGGAGAAAUAGAUCCUUGCUGCCUAUGCCUACUUCUGGAUCUUCUGAGGCCAGCCUUUUUCUGAGAAAUUUUGAAAUGGAGUAUGGUGAGAAUCAUCCGAACUUUCAGACCAUGAGCUUCAUGGAAGCCAUGAGAAGGGCAGGGCAACAUUACAAAUUUUUAUUCGUGUACUUACAUGCGCCAGACCAUGCAAACACCCCAGUGUUUUGUGAGAAUAGUUUGUGCUCAGCAUCCGUGUCGGACUUUAUCAACGAACACUUUGUGGCAUGGGGUGGAGACGUGCGAACCAGCGAAGGGUUUCAGAUGAGCAACAGCUUGAAAGCGUCAACCUUCCCUUUUUGCGCUGUGGUGACAGCGUCUUCCAAUCAGCGUAUUGCUUUAUUACAGCAGAUUGAGGGUCCUAGGACGGCCAGCGAGCUUUUGGCAAUCUUGCAGCGGGUGGUGGAAGAGCAGGGCUCAGUGCUUGUUGCUGCCCGUGUUGAGGAGGAAGAACGUCAAGUAAAUCGACGUUUACGGGAGGAACAGGAUGCCGCCUACCAGGCUGCUCUUCAAGCAGAUCAGGAAAGAGAACGACGACGUCAGGAAGAAGCCGACCGAGCUGCCCGAGAGGCAGAGGAGGCUGAGAUGAAGAAGAAAGAAGAAGAGGAGGCAAUAGCUCGGGCUGCUAGAGAAGCUGCCGAGAGAGAAUCAGCAUUAGAGCGUCGCAGACAGGAAAAAGCCACUUCAUUGGGUUUGGAACCAGCGAAGGCCCCUGAUGUCACGCAGGUGCUUGUGCGUCUACCUAAUGGAGAGCGCAAGGAGAGAAGAUUUUAUGCUACCGACAGGGUGCGUAAGGUAUACGACUACGUUGAUUCACUAGGUUCUUUCGACGCUGUUAACUACAGUUUGGUCUCAAACUUUCCGAGAACUGUAUACGGUCCAGAUAAAUUGGACCUUUCGUUCAAGGAUGCAGGACUUCAUCCACAUGCUAGUCUUUUCGUCCAAGUUGAAGAUAAUUAGAGCACUCAUCCAUUAUCUCAGGCUAGCACCGUAUCUCCUUCACUCUCCGUCUGCGAUGGGUUGAGACUCACCUUUUCGGCUCUGGAAGUCUGCAAUAGCCAAAAAGAUAUGUAUAGUUGUGAUGUAGGCUCACGUCUCCCAUCAUUAUCAUGAAGCAACCAGAAGAAUCUAUUCGCCUCAUGGAUGGCUGUAAUAUACCAUUCAUAGUCUUCACUGAUAAGUUUGUCCGCAAAUUGUUCAUAAAUUAGUGCGCUGCUGUGAUACCUCGACUUGCAGCGCAAUAGCCUGACAAUUGCUUGCCUGAAUAACGAGGGUUUGACUUCUCAGAUUUGCCGUAACAGGCAUAGUGCUAUCAAAUUCAUUUUCAUCUCCCUCGACUGGACUCAAUGAGAUUCUACACCCAGCCCAGUGACAGAUUAUUCCCUGCUUGUGUUCUUGUCAGGCGUUAUCCUGGAUGUAGUUCAUUUAUUGAAAGUAUAUCUCUUUGCAGGAUUUAUCCCCCUUCAAAUAGAUGUUUCAAAUGUUAGAACCAAUAUCACUGGAAAUCUGAUGAGAAGAGGACAUUCCGCUUCAUUUUAUGCUCUAGCUGCGUAAUCGCCAAGAAAUCUUUUGUAAGAAUGAUUAUUGAGACAUCUUCUCGGAUGUGAUGUAUGGGUCUUUGCCGACAAUAUUAUGUUAGGCUAGAUGUUUGGAAACCUUCGCUUAAGAUGUUCAGACAAUUAAUUUGC